AUGACAAAACAACACUUGGUGCUAGAUAACGGGUCUUACGAUAUAAAAGCGGGUUUCAGCACUCAAGAUAAACCCCUUGUGGUACACAAUGCUUUGGCAAAGGCCCGUGAUGGUGUGAUCUACGUCGGCAACGACUACCUUUCCCAUACAAACCUAUAUUCUGGCAUCAACUUCAGACGACCCCACGAUCUGGGCCACUUGACGUCGUGGGAAGUCGAAAAGACUCUUUGGGAUUAUACGUUUGACCAGUUAUCUCCUGAAAAAGAAUUGGAUCUUCUGAACAUACAUCUAAUGCUCACAGAAACACCAUUCCAACUCCCGCAACUAUCCAUGAACACAGACCUUAUAGUCUUUGAAGAAUACGGCUUUGGCGACUACUACCGAUGCAUCCCUCCAUCGCUUGUCCCUUGGGAAAGCACAUCUGAGCCAGCAGACUUCACGUUGGUCGUAGACUGCGGGUUCAGCUCGACAUGGGUCGUCCCAGUGCUAUACCAAACCCCAUACUGGAAAGGAAUGCGUAAGCUUCCCAUCGGUGGACGUCAUCUCAAUGGUUUGCUUCGAGAAACAACUUCUUUCAGACAUUAUGAUAUCCUGGAUGAGCCUAUUCUUCUAAAUACCCUCAAAGAAAAGACGAUGUUUGUCGCUGACAACUUCGAAACAGCCCUCAGGAAAAAGCUAGAUUACAAGUGUGAAUUUGUUCUCCCAGAUUUCAAAACGACUUUUACUGGUUACGUUAAGUCGGACGAUCAAAAGCUAUCUCCGGAUGCUCAAACAUUGAAGUUGUAUGACGAACGAUUCACGAUCCCAGAAGCAUACUUCCAUCCUGAGGUUAUGUUGGAUAAUAAUACCGUUUCAAGUUCACCAAUGAUCCAAAAUGCUAACUUCAAGAGUCUUACUGACUUGGUUGUCGACUCUAUUGGUUCGUGUCCAGAAGCUGCCAGGCCAUUACUCCUGGCAAACAUCAAUAUCGUGGGAGGAAGCAGUUACAUACCAAACCUACCUGAACGUCUCAUAGCAGAGUUGAAAAAAGAACUUCCUGUCAACUGGGAAGUGAAGAGCAUUACCCAAAAGCAGAAACUAAACGAAGUGGCUUGGUACGGCGGUACGUCGCUUGUCAACGAAGAUUUACUAAAAGAAAUUUCCAUCUCGAGGCAAGAGUACUUCGAGCACGGAGCUAACUGGUGUCAAAAACAAUUCGGUUUCAAGAACUUCUAA